UGAACGCGCCCUGACUAAUUUGGUCCUCCAGUAUCCCAGAAUGCACCGCUGCUGAUCUGGUGUCCACGUCAAAGCUGACAGCCGCUAAUGGCCUCAGUUGAUGUGGCACUUUGAGCUCUUCGGACUCUGGAUAAACUCCCGAACCGACACUCCGAAGUGGCUCCGGCGGACCCGGCGGUUCCGGUUCUCCUCCCGGUCCGGUAAUGAGGCAGCAGCGGGCGAACGGUGCUUUAGAACGCCGCCAAAGCCGCUUCGGACGCUCGGGGAAAACAGCUGUUGUUAGCCGGGUUCGGGGUUUUAAAUGAGUUCGGGUCAGCUGAUACUUCCACCGAAUUUAAGGGCGGGAAGAGGACCGAACGGAAUAACAGAGUCAACCGAACUUCAUGCCUAGAACGAUCCUGGUCUGGUUUGGGUCACAGCGAGGCUAGCCCCCCUCCCGGACUUGUUUUGGUGCGUGUUUGACCCCCGGUCAGGAUGUCCUCGUGGCUCGGUGGACUCGGCUCGGGCCUCGGCCAGUCCCUCGGCCAGGUCGGCGGGAGUCUGUCGACCUUCACCGGUCAGAUCUCCAACUUCACCAAAGACAUGCUGCUGGAAGGAGUGGAGGAAGUCGGAGACGCCGCCACAGAGCUGCAGAUGUCCAACUCCAAGCUGGUGGAGGUGGAGACGGCGUUUUCUGCUCAGAGAUCCGAGCUGGAUAAGCUGAGGAAGCUCCACGCUGAACUGGAGGAGAAGCUGGAAGCUUCAGAGAUCCAGAACAAGCAGCAGUCUGCAGAGUACAGAACCCUCCUGCAGCAGAAGGAUGUGGAGAUCAGUCACCUGAAAGCGCGGCAGAGCGGCCUGCAGGAGGAGCUGCAGAAGCUGCAACACUCGGCCCAGUCCGCCUCCGCCGGCCCGGCGGUGCUGCCCGUCUCCACCGCCUCCUCCACCGGUGCCACCUCCUCCUCCUCCUCCUCGGCCUCCGCCUUCCUGACCCGCCCCGCCCAUCACGGUUUCCACGGCGACGAGGUGGACAUCAGCGACGUUCUGUGGUCGCAGCAGGAGAUCAACCGACUGUCCUCAGAAAUCCUGCGUCUGGAGGCCGAAGUGUCUCACUGGAGGAGGAUCUCUCAGUCAUCAACAGCGACAGGAAGUGGUUCCAGCGACCAGGGCGAGAUUCUGAAGCUACAAAGACUGAUCCAGGAGCUUCGAGAUGAGACGAGACGCGAGAUGGACGAGCACCAGCACGAGCUGGCGGCUCUGCAGGACGCCCAGAGGCAGAAGAUGGCCGAGGUGACCCGGCGGCAUCGGGAGGAGCUCGGCGAGUAUGAGGAGAGGAUCGAGGAGCUGGAGGAGCAGCUUCACGCAGGUGGGAGUCAGGCCGGACCUUCACCCGACGCCUCCGAGCUCCAGAAGAACGUCCGCGCUCUUCAUGAAGAGGCGGAGCAGCGCGAGAAGCUGCUGUCGGAGGUGUCGGCCGCUCUUGAGGAAGCCCGGAGGAAGCAGGCGUCGCUGCAGCUGGAGAAGGACGAGGUCCAGGAGGAGAACGCCGGCCUGCUGCAGAACUACUCGCGCCUGCAGACUUCUGUGGCUGAGCUGCAGACGCGAGUCCAGGAGCAGGAGGGGAAGGCUCUGCAGAAGGCCCAGCUCGAGCACGAGAUCCAGACGCUGAGAAACAACCUGGAAGCUGCAGAGAAGGAGGUGGAGAGACUGAGGAGCCUGACUGAGGGAGAACGGAGGGAAGAGGUGGAGCACGCAGACAUCCUCGAACUGAACACCAUCAUUGAAGCAUUGAGGCGGGAAAAGGAGGCCCUGGAUCUGGAGAAGACCGCUCUGCAGCAAAGACUGAAGGAGGCUGAGGAGCAAACCGCCUCUGAGAGCGACACGGCGGCGCUGGAGGGACGGGAGAAGGCCCUGAGAGCCGUGGAGGAGGAGCGGGACACCCUCCUGUCUGAGCUGGAGGAGCUGGACCGGCAGAACCAGGAGGCCACUAAGCAUAUGAUCUCCGUGAAGGAGCAGCUCUCUGCCCAGCUGAAGGAGGCGGAGGCGCAGCUGUCCAGGGCGACUGCAGAACUCAGCAGAACCGCGGAGCAGAAGCGGGCUCUGGAGGAGGAGCUGGAGGCGCAGAAGGAGACGGUCAGCCGCAGCGCCUUCAGCCUCAACGAGCUGCACAUGGGCAGACAGCAGCUGGAGCGGACCCUGAAGGACCUGAAGGAGCAGCUGGGGAGCGCUCAGGAGAAGAGCCGGGAUCGUCACCGAGAAGCAGGAGAGCUGAGGAAAGCUCUGCAGGAGAAGGAGGAGCAGCUGUCUGCGGUCAGAGCCAGGAUGGAUGAAGGAGGCGCGAGAGGAGGAGAGGCUGAGGGAGCCAGGAAGGAGCUGGAAGGGAAGGAGAAGGAGCUGAUGGAGGUCAGGAGAGAAUUGGACGAGUUUAGGAGGUCUCACGAAAAGCUGCUGUCUGAGAUGUACGAGAUGAAGAUGGAGGAGAAGAAGCUGAGGGAGGAGAACGAGAAGUUCCUUCUGGACGUAGAGGAGCUAACGAAGCAGCUGAAGGAGAACCAGGCGGCUCUGAGCAGAGCCACCCGGGAGAAGGACACGAGAAUCGAAGCGCUGAAGCUGGAGAAGAACCAGCUGGAGGCGGAGCUAACGCAGACGGAGAAGAUGCUGGCGGAGCAGGUGAAGCAGUACCAGCAGACCAUCGAGGAGCUGACGCGGGCGCGAUCCAUGGACGCCUCCACCCUGCAGGCCGAGCACGAGUCCGCCAUCAAACUCAACCAGGAGAAAGACCUGGAGAUCUCCAAGCUCAGGAGAGAUUUGGAGCAGCUGGCGUCCGACCAGAGAGACACCAACGAGAUGCUGUCCAUCACGGUGGCCGGACAGAAGCAGCUGACGGACCUGCUGCAGGAGAAGGACGUCUUUGUGGAAACCUUAAAGCAGAACGCCGCAGACCUUCAGACGGAGAUGGAGGGCAGGAUUUCCAACGUGACGAAGGAGACGGAGAUCCUCAAACAGACGCUGGAGGAGAAGGACAAACAGCUGGGAGGCAUGAAGGAGGAGAACAACCACCUGAAGGAGGAGAUCGAGCGCUUCAGAGACCAGCAGAGCAGACCUCCUCCUCUGGCCGAGCCCAAGACUCUGGACAUCAUCACCGAGCUGGAGACGGAGAUCACCCAGCUGAAGUCCUCGGGGACGUCCCUGGAGGAGGAGGCUCAGACGCUGAGGAGGAGCGUGGAGGAGCAGCAGGCCGCCCUGCUCCAGUCCCAGCAGGCCCUGCAGGCUCAGCGGAGCGAGCUGGAGCAGGCGCACGCUCGCCACCAGCAGACGGCGCUCAACUACGACCGGAUCAUCCACGCCAGAGACGAAGAGAUCGCUCGCCUGCAGCAAACCGUCCGGAGCGACUCGCCGCGCGUGCAGGGCGAGGUCAUCCUGCAGGAGGACAAGACGCAGACCCUCAGCCAGGACAACGGCAGCGAGAAGCACGACCUGUCCAAGGUGGAAAUAGAGAAGCUGGUCAGAGGCAUCCAGGAGAAGGAGACGGAGAUCAGCCAGCUCAAUGAGAAGAACCUGACGCUGACCAAGCAGCUGGACCAGCUGGUGCUCUCCCACAACGAGGUGGGGAAACUCUCCCAGCUGAUCCGGCAGAAGGAUCUGGAAAUCCAGGCGCUGCACGCGCGGGUCAGCAUGGGGGGAGGAAACACUCAGGACCUGCUGUACCUGCAGCAGCAGGUGCAGCGCUCCGCCGACGAGAAGGAGCAGAUGCUGGCCGUGCUCAACGAGAAGACCAGGGAGAACAGCCAGCUGCGCUCGGACAGCCACCGCCUCAUGGACAUCAUGGCGGGGAAGGAGGCCGCCCUGGUCAAGCUCCAGCAGGAGAACCAGCGGCUCUCCCAAAUGAACGACCCCACCGGGAGCCACGAGAUGUUCAAGGAGACCAUCCAGAACCUGUCCCGGAUCAUCCGGGAGAAGGACAUCGAGAUCGACGCCUUGACUCAGAAGUGCCAGACGCUGGUGACCGUCCUGCAGUCGUCCUCCGGAGAGGCCGGCGCCGGCUCUGGAGGCGUCAGCAGCAACCAGUUCGAGGAGCUCCUGCAGGAGCGGGACUCCCUGAAGCAGCAGGUGAAGAAGAUGGAGGAGUGGAAGCAGCAGGUGAUCACCACGGUCAAGAACCUGCAGCACGAGUCGGCUCACCUGCAGGAGGAGCUGAUCAAGCUGCAGAGUCAGGUUUCUGCCGACAGCGACUGCAGCUCCCGGCUGUCCGUGGACUACGGCCGGCUCAUCCAGAGCUACGAGCAGAAGGAGAAGAUCCUGGGGAACCUGAGCAUGGAGCUGGCUCAGGUUCAGCAGACCAUCACGCAGCUCAGCUCCACCAAGGACGUCCUGCUGGGUAAACUGGACAGCGUCGCUCAGACUCCUAACAGCUCUGUGGCUCCAGGAGGUUCCUCGAGCCUCCACGCCUCCUCGCCCGGACACGAGGAGAAGCUGCAGGAAGAGCUGGAGAAACUGCAAGCCCAGUUAGCGGAGAAUGAAAACGUGAUCCGGACUCUCCAGGAGAACAACCACCGGCUCUCCAACUCCGCCUCCGCCUCCGAGAGCGCGCAGAGGAGCCAGGCGGAGGAGGUGCAGCAGGUCCGGGAGAGGCUGGAGGCCCUGCAGAGGUCCGUGAGGGAGAAAGACCUCCUCAUCAAGAGCAAAGGAGACCAGCUCCUCCAGGUGAGCGAGGCGCUGCGUAACCGUGACAACGACAACGAGGUGCUGAAGCAGGCCGUCACCAACCUGAAGGAGCGAGCCCUCAUCCUGGAGAUGGACACCAAGAAGCUGAAGGAGGAGAACGAGCUGGUGGCUGCUCGCUCCCGAGAGAAGGAGUCGGAGUUCAGGGCGCUCCAGGAGACCAACAUGCAGGUGUCUCUGCUGCUCAGGGAGAAGGAGUUCGAGCUGAGCGCCACGAGCGAGAAGGCGGCCACGGUGGAGAAGAUGCUGAAGGAGAAACAGCAGGGGAACUCCGGGGAGCUGAACCAGCUGCUGAACGAGCUGAAGUCCAUGCAGGAGAAGGCCUUCCUGUUCCAGCAGGAGAGGGAUCAGAUGAUGAUGGCCCUCAAGCAGAAACAGAUGGAGACUGCAGCCGUGCAGGCCGAGCUGCAGCACAUGAGGGAUAAGGAGCAGCGCCUGAACCUGGAGCUGGAGCGGCUGAGGAACCACCUGCUGGAGAUCGAAGACUCCUAUACGAGGGAGGCGCUGUCCGCCGAGGACAGGGAGGCGGAGCUGCGCAGGCGGGUGGCGCUGCUGGACGAGAAGCUGGCCACCUCCUCGACUGCAGUGGAGAGCGCCAGCCAACAGGCCAGCAUGCAGGUGGAGUCGCUGCAGGAGCAGCUGAGCAUGGUGGUGAAGCAGAGAGACGACACGCUGCUGCAGCUCAGAACCUCUCAGGAGCAGGUCAACCAGUACGCAGUGUCGCUCUCCAACCUGCAGAUGGUGCUAGAGCAGUUUCAACAAGAGGAGAAAUCCAUGUACACGGCUGAACUGGAAAAGCACAGGCGGGAGAAGGAGGAGUGGAGGAGGAAAGCUGUGCUCCUGCAGGAGCAAGCAUCUGCUCUGCAGCUGAACCUGGAAGAGGCCAACGCCGCCCUGGACUCGGCGUCUCGUCUGACGGAUCAGCUGGACCUGAAGGAGGAGCAGAUUGAGGAGCUGAAGAGGCAAAUCGAUGUCCGGCAGGAGAUGCUGGAGGAGGCGCAGAAGAAGCUGAUGAACCUCCUCAACAGCACUGAAGGAAAGAUAGACAAGGUUCUGAUGCGGAACCUGUUCUUGGGUUACUUCCACACGCCGAAGGCCAAGCGCGCCGACGUGCUGAGGCUCAUGGGAAGUGUGCUGGGGUUGACCCGAGAAGACGUGGAUAAGAUGUUGGAGGAGGACGUGCAGCGCGGCGUGACUGGAUGGGUGUCGAGCUGGCUCGGAGGCCGAGGAGCGCAGAGUGUCCCGAACACUCCCCAGAGACCCGGCGCCGGGCCGGGCCUGAACUCGUCCUUCUCAGAGAUGUUUGUCAAGUUCCUGGAGAUGGAGUCGACCCCUUCACCUCCAGCGCUGAAGCUUCCGGUCCUCGACAUCAAGCCUCUGAACCCCCCGCCUCCAGGACGAAGCAGCGCAUCAGGCUCCGCCCCCACAGGAGCUGUGGCGGCCAGCAGGCGAGCCGGCGAGUCCAGUCCCUUCUUGGCGCCCCGCUCCGCCGCCGUGCCGCUGGCCGGUUUGGGCGCCAGCGGAUCAGGCAGCCACCUGCUGAUGAAGCCCAUCUCAGACGCUCUGCCCACCUUCACGCCGGUGCCGGUGUCGGCCGAGUCCAGCGGCGGGGCGGUGCUCAAAGACCUGCUGAAGCAGUGACGCCGGCGGGAAUCGCUUCUUCACCAUCGCUGAACUCCAAUGAAACGUUCUAUGCAACAAACUUCCUCCUGAAAUGUUCCGGUCGGCGCCGAGACGUUCCCCCUCAGAACGUCUCCUGAACACAAGUGACCUUGUAAUCUCUGCGAGCGGCGGGUCCAAUCAGCGCCUCGGCUCACAGGAGCAGACCUGUCUCAGCUUGUCCGUUCAUGUCUGAAGCUCUCUGGAUCACUACAUCUGUUCAAACCAUAAAGAAGCUUUUUCUGCAGAAUCCAGACGGCCAGACGUCGAUAUGCAAUAAUUCUGUCUGCUCUGUGCGGUUGAUCACUUUAGGUUCGUGUAAGUACAGCGUUAGAUGUAUAGAUAUGUAAAUGGGUCGUCUCUUUUCUAUUUAUGGGCACACAGACGUUUGGAAGUGCCUGAGUCUUUUCUAUGUAAUCAGACUGUAAAUGAUUGAUCAAAUCUAUAUAUUUACAGAUGUAAAAAGUGCAGAAUGAAGGGGGGGGGGCUGCUCCACGUUUUUGCACAGAGUUUCUGAGACGUGUACGAGUGCUGGUGUGGACGGACGAGUCGGCUCAAAUAAAGAACGUUUGAGACUC